CACACUAUAUUAUUGUUUUCUUUUCCUGUAACACUACAGAUUACAGUAUACAAUAAACAUCGUACUAGAGACAGUAGAGACUCAACGUUUAGCGUAGUAGAGACCAAUUUAAUUCGUAGAGUAAUUACUCUAUGAUUUAAUUUAACCAAUUAAUCUUUUAUCUAAGAUAGAGACAUUCGAGCACGUCUUUAUACUUGAUAGUGAACGCUGGAAACUAAGACAGUCGUGUACGACGUACGUGUAUGGUGUAUACUGUAUUUCUUUUCGUGUGUCUUGUUCAAUGACUAAUGCCCCUAAUGGUCGGUAGUAUAUUACACUAUCACAUUAACUUCUGUCUUCAUUUAAACUUGACCUAAAAAAAUAAAUAUAAUUUUCUUUUGAACCUUAAAAAAAACAUUUGUUUUAUAUUAAUAGACUUUGGAAUCAACGAAUUAUGCGAUGGAGAUACUUAAGUUAUACAAUAAGGAAAUAUUCAAAACAUGCCAACAGAUUUCAUGUAGGCAUUAUAGGUGCUGGUCCUGCAGGGUUUUAUUGUGCACAACAGUUACUAAAAAAAAUACCUAGUUGUCAGAUUGAUAUAUAUGAAAGAUUACCAGUCCCAUUUGGUCUUGUACGUUAUGGCGUGGCUCCUGAUCAUCCAGAAGUAAAAAAUGUUAUAAAUACAUUUACUAAAACUGCAUCAAAUGAAAAUGUCCGAUUUAUAGGCAAUGUCUCACUUGGUUCUGAUAUUUCUUUGGCACAACUUAAACAUUCCUAUAAUGCUGUAGUAUUAGCUUAUGGUGCCGAUGAAGACAAAAAAUUAAAUAUUCCUGGUGAAAAUUUAUCCAAUGUUAUAUCAGCUACAAAAUUUAUAGGAUGGUAUAAUGGUUUGCCAGCAGAUAAAAAUAUUAAAUUAGAUUUGAAUGUUGAGCAUGCUGUUAUUGUAGGACAAGGAAAUGUUGCUUUGGAUGUUGCAAGAAUAUUAUUAACACCAGUUGACAAACUGAGAAAAACGGACAUCACAGAAUAUAGUUUAGAGACUUUAACACAAAGUAAAGUGAAAAAAAUCACUCUUAUAGGUCGUCGAGGUCCUUUACAAGUAGCAUUUACUAUUAAAGAACUUAGAGAAAUGUUGAAAUUACCUGGAGUAAGCACAAAUUUUUAUGAAGACCAAAUUAAUGAUAUUGAUAAAAUCAUUAGUGAUUUACCAAGACCUCGAAAACGAUUAAUACAACUCAUGUAUGAUGCAUCACAAAAAACAGAAGUUCAAGAUAAAUUAUUUGAUUUAUUAUUCCUGCGAACACCUAUUUCAAUAAUAGGUACAACAACAAUUGAAGGAAUUAAACUAGCUGUAAACCAUCUAGAAGGAGAAAAUGCAGUGGUUACAGAUGAAAAAUAUACAUUAAAAUGUGACAUAGCAUUUCGCAGUAUUGGAUAUCGUAGUGUUCAAGCAGAUCCUGAUGUACCUUUUGAUAAUAUAUCUUCAACAGUACCUCAAAGUAUAGGUGUUUAUAGUGUUGGUUGGUUGUCUUCAGGACCUGUAGGAGUGAUAUUAUCCACUAUGAGUAAUGCUUUUCAAGCAGCUUCAUUAAUCGGCCAACACUUUGAUAAAGGCUUACUUAGUGAGCAAAAACCAGGGUAUAAUUAUAUUUCAAAGAUAUUAGAAAAUAAAGGCAUAAUUACUGUUGAUUGGAAUGGAUGGACAAAAAUUGACAAAGUUGAGGUUGAAAGAGGAAUAAAACAUGGUAAGCCAAGAGAAAAAAUUGUUGAUGUUGAUGAAAUGUUACAAAUUGGAGGAAUAUUAAAAUAAUCUUUUGAAAUCAUAUUCAAAAUCUAUUUAAUUGUAGUAAUGUUUAGAUAAAUAAAUAUAAAUAGUUCUAAGUAAAAAAAGUAUGAAAUGUUAAAUAAUAAUAAAUUGAUACUUAUGUCAAUAAAUAUUUUAUUUUAGAUACAAAUAAUUGCUCUUUAAUUAAUUCAAUUUUUUUUUACCAAUUUUACUCUGUAUCAAUUUGUAUUUGAUUUUAAAUAUUAAUAAAAAAAUUAUUUUUUAAA